UUUAAAAUUCUACGAGCAAAUCCACCAUAAAUCAUUACCAGUAAACGUUUGAAACACAAAUCAUAUAAAAAUUAUCGAAAAUUGGAAACUGAUUUGUAAAAAUCGAUUGAAUCAAAAUCCAAGUUAAAAUCGUAAGAUAUAUAAACUUGUUUAUACACAAUCGAUUGUUUACCUAUUUAAUCUUCAUGGCGAUCGUUCAAGACCAGAAUCACUAAUCAACACGAUCUUUAGUAAAAUAAUCGAAAACCAUCAGAAGACAACCCUAAAAAUCCAAACUCUCGAUCUCUCUGAAUCUGAUCUGAUACUGAAAACAGAAAACAAAAUGAAGAAGGAGAUGAACAAUAAUCUGCUACUGAAGUGGUGGCGGAAGUGGAGGUGGUACUGAAAUAGUGGUGGUGACGAUGAAGAUGGUGCUUUAAACUUUAAGUUUUAAGUGGCGCAGAGAAGUAAAAUCUCCUCUCUUUCUUCACAUUCCACAGCCAUGAUUCUAUCACCCAAAUUCAACCUCAACAAAUUCACUCAUCUGAGCCUCGGAGAAGAUGGUCUCAAACCUAAACUCCCCAUUUGUCACUCAAUAAAUACAAGCUCAUGAAAAGAGUUUCUGGGGUGCUGUUAGUUUGAUUAUAGGAACUGCUGUUGGCCCUGGAAUGCUAGGUUAACCUUCUGCGACCAUGAAAUCAGGCCCAUUUCCAUCAACUAUAUCUAUUCUCCUUUCAUGGCUUUAUGUCAUUUCAUCCAUCUUACUUGUUGCAGAGCUGAGUUUUGCAUCAAUGGAAGAAGAUAAAGUUGCAGAGGUGAGCUUCACUGCUCUUGCUACAACUGCAUUGGGUGAUUGGAUGGGUAUGCUAGUUGCUGUCAUCUAUGCUUCCUUGAGUUUUUCUCUGAUUGUUGCUUGUGUUUCUGGUAUCGGUUCUAUAAUGAUUCAGUGGUUUCCAUGGAUGAAUUUUGUUGUAGCUCAUGCUGUGUUUCCUCUUCUCGUUGGGAUUGUAAUAGGAUUUUUCCCAUUUAAGGCCAUCGAUACAACAAACAGGUUUCUUUGUUUCCUCAUGCUUUUCUCAAUCACUGCGCUAAUAGCAACUGGUUUAUCAGUAGGAAGAACAAAACUGUUGAGUUCUUUUGGUUAUUCAUCUUGGGGCCUCUCUGCAAUCUUACCUGCAAUACCUGUUACCGUUCUUACAUUAGGAUUCCAUGUUAUAACCUCUUUUAUUUGCAAGAUUGUUGGGGAGAGUGUUUUCGAUGCUAGAAGGGCAAUACUAUUUGGUGGUACAGUUCCGUUGAUCAUGGUUUUGUCGUGGAAUUUAGUUGUUCUUGGACUUGCAAAGACUAACAGAGCUGUUUCAUCCCAAGAUCCGAUUUCGCUCUUGCUUUCAGUGAAUUCGUCAGUUCUUCCUGCAGUUCAAGGGUUUGCAUUCUCAGCCUUGUCGACUAGUUUGAUCGGUUAUGCUGUUAGUUUUCCAAAGCAGCUUGUAGAUACAUUGGAGUUGAUUUGGAGGGAAACCAGUUCAGAAAACGUAAAAUUGUCUUCUCUUGUUGGAUCAAAUAGGAACAGCAGAAUGGAUAAAGUAGGGUCAGGAGUUUAUUUGUCAGGGAAAAAUGUAGGAUCUGUAGGGCAGAUUUCUUUUUCUGGAUCAAGGUUCAUUUCGGAUUCAGGAAGUAGGAUUGUAUCGAGUUAUUUAGGUACCAGUGCAGUAAAUAUGAUUGUGAUGCCAUUUGUUCUUGGUGUACCUAUUGUCAUAGCAUCUUUCUUCCCUUCAGCUUUCUCCAAGGCUCUAGAUUUUGCGGGUGUGUAUGCGAACUGCUUUCUCUUUGGGAUAUUACCUCCCUUAAUGGCAUGGAUUCAUCGAUCCAGGUCUUCUAGGGAUGCCAAUCUUCUUCCAGGAGGGGAUGCAGUUCUUUUGCUACUAUUUGUAAUUGCUGUUAUACUGGGGAUCUGGCAUUAAGAUGCUUGGCACUUGGCAGCAAGACCAACUGAUCAGAAAAAUAUGUUGUCAAUUAUCAAGACUGAAUGCGAACUUGUACGUAUAAAAUUCUGUUGAAAUCAUUUUAUACGAUAUGGACGGAAUACUAUAUUUCUUGGGGGAGCAGCUACAUGUUUGCUAAUAACAUGUAAACAGUUUGUAAAACAUCUUGAAUGACGACAAUAUCAAAUUUACAUUUUUU